AUGAACGCAAUCAUCCUGAAACCAGGAGUUUCAGCUGUGUCUGUGCGUCCUUAUAGAUAUCUUCAUGCCAGUAAGGUCGCAAUGGAGCAGAUGGUCAAUGAUAUGCUUACUACAAGUAUCAUUAGACCAAGUACAAGUCCUUUUUCAAGUCCAGUCCUGCUGGUCAAGAAGAAAGAUGGUUCCUUUCGCUUCUGUGUGGACUAUAGAUCAUUGAAUCGAGUUACAGUGUUGGAUAAGUAUCCUAUUCAUGUGAUAGAUCAAUUGUUGGAUGAGCUUCAUGGGGCUACUGUCUUCACUAAACUCGACCUCCGUUCAGGUUAUCAUCACAUUCGCAUGCUGGAGACUGAUGUUCAUAAGACUGCGUUCAGAACCGUCGAGGGUCACUAUGAAUUCCUUGUUAUGCCGUUUGGACUCACUAAUGCCCCGGCGACGUUUCAGGCAUUGAUGAACAAAGUCUUCAAACCAUUCCUCCGAAAGUUUGUGCUAGUUUUUGAUGACAUCUUGAUCUAUAGUGUGGAUGAACAAACACAUGAGGCACAUCUUCGUUUGGUGUUACAAGUGUUACGCGAUCAGAGCCUGUUUGCUAACCAGAAGAAAUGUACGUUCGGUGUUGAGAGAAUUGAUUACUUGGGUCAUAUGAUUUCGGCUCAGGGAGUGGCAACAGAUGCAGAAAAGAUUGAAGCAAUGAAGAACUGGCCAACACCGAAAUCAAUCAAACAGCUGAGGGGAUUCUUGGGAUUAACGGGUUACUAUCGAAAAUUUGUCAAGAGUUAUGGAGUUAUAGCAAGUCCUCUGACAAUGUUACUCAUAAAGGAUCAGUUUUGUUGGUCUCAGGAGGCACAAGAGGCAUUUGAUGGGUUGAAAUAUGCUAUGGGUCACGCACCAGUGUUAGCAUUACCAGACUUCGAGAAGGUGUUCGUGGUAGAGUCAGACGCUUCGGGAUUCGGGUUGGGUGCGGUAUUGAUGCAGGACAAGCAACCUAUUGCUUUCUUUAGUCACACUCUUACUCCCCGGGAACAACUGAAACCAGCAUACGAGAGAGAACUGAUGGCAAUAGUCAUGGCUAUCCGCAAAUGGAAACAUUACUUGAUUGGGCCUAAGUUUCAUGUUCACACGGAUCAGCGGAGUCUGAAGUUCUUAUUGGAACAGCGAGAGAUCAAUAUGGAAUAUCAGAAAUGGCUAACAAAGAUACUGGGGUUCGAUUUUGAUAUAUUUUACAAGCCGGGCCAGGAGAACAAAGCGGCAGAUGGAUUAUCUCGCUCUGUUUCUAAUUCCUCUUCCCUUGUGGCACUUACUGUCCCUACUGUGCUUCAAUGGGAAGAUUUGUAUAAGGAGAUUGGAGAAGAUGUGGGUUUGCAAGACAUCAUUCGAAAGAUACGAGAUGGAACGUUGGUCUCAACUAAAUACCAAGUCAUCGAGGGGAGGUUAUGGUCUAAAAGGCGUUUGGUCAUACCAAAAUCUUCUCGUUUCAUUUCGGUGAUAUUGCAAGAGGCCCAUGACAGUAAAGUAGGAGGAAAUUCAGAAGUUCUUAAGACCGUGAAGCGAGUUCAGGGGUCGUUCUUUUGGAAAGGAAUGCAAAAACAGAUACAACAUUAUGUGGCGGAAUGUGGGAUCUGUCAGACGCAUAAACACUCAACUUUAUCUAAAGUUGACCCGAACCGAAGUAUCUCGGGUACCCGAAUGUAACCGAAAUAGAUUUAUAUACCUAAAUUUAUUACUUAUUUUUAUAUUUAAUAUAUAUUAAAAACAUCCAAAAUGUAUAAGAUACUUUAAAAUUGUUUAAAAUACUUGAAAAUAUACAUAAAUAGUCAAAAGUAAAUGUCUGAAAUAGCUAAAAUAUAUUCAAAACACCAAAAUGCUUGAAAUAUCUAUUGAUUUUCAAUCCAAAUAUUUAAAUCAAACCAAUUUAUAUGUUAAUUUUAUGUAUUUUGACAUAUAUUAUACAAAUUUAUAUGUAAUAUAUUAUUUUGAUUUAUUGAUUUUGAGAAAUUUUAAGCAUAUAAUGAAUAUUAAAAUUUUAAAAAUAAUUUAAAUGGGUUAUCCGAACCCGAACCGAACCCGCAAAGAUCCGAACCGAACCCGAACCGAAAUUUAGAAAUACCCGAAUGGAGCUGAAAUCUUUAAACCCAAAAAUUCGAAACCCGAUUAGAUCCGAACCGAACCCGAAUGGGUACCCGAACGCCCACCCCUAUCACGAAGAAAAGAGUGAAAACAAAUGCGAUUAGUAUAUUUUUGGAGAGACUCAUUUUGUAGGAUGUUUUAUAAAUUGUUUGAGAGUUCUAUUAUAUUUUAGAUUGAUAAAUAUAUACAUAUAAACAUAAACUUGCAUAAAAUAUAUUUAUUUUUAAGGAAAAUCUUUCAAUUAAUUUUAUGAGAUUUAUAGUCAAAAUAAUAUAAAAGUGAUUCCUUUGCCUAAUUACAUAUGAAUAUUAGUGUGAAAGAUUUAUUUUCUUUCAGAUUACCUUGUCAAGAUAUAAUUUGCAUAUUGAAACAGAUUUUUCAAAAUGUAAUAGAUAUAAAUUAUAAUUGUUAUUAUGGAGUAAAUAUUUUGAUUAAUCUUAGUCUAUAUAAUUCAGCUAAAUAUAUUUACUUUAUUCAAUUAUUUAUAUUAAUUGUUAGAAAAUUUGUAAAAUAUGACUAAAAAUUUGAUUUUAAAUGUAAAAUUAUACCCAAAUUUGAAUCAAAUGUAAAACUAAUUUAAAAGCCUUGUGAAAUUACAGUCAGCUUCUUGUGACCAAACAAAAAAACAAAACUCAUUUUUACGAAUAUAGCCACAGAAAGUCUUCUGAGAUAUUGUAAGUCGUCUAGACGACGUUCAGGAGAGUCUUCUGAUGUAGUUGAUCUUAAAAAUAAUUUUUAAAUUGUUAAAAAAAUAUUUUGACAUGUGAAAACUUAAAAUCACGCAAUUAUAAACAAUUUAAAGUGAUAUAAAUUAAGAUACUGAUAUAAAUUAAGAUUUACUAAACAUGAAUUGUUUUUAAGAUGAGCUAAAGCACUAAGUGAUGAUAUUAUUUGGUUUAACGUUUGGCAACUUCACCGGAGACCAGCUCGUCCCCGCCGUCCUCUAGCAGAGACCAAGAUGCAGGAAGAAACCCGAUGACUCUCCACCAUCCACGAGGUGAACCCACGGCAGAGCUUCUCUUCCUCUGAAGCGGAGACGGAGAAGACAGAGGAGGAGGAUGACGGCGGUGAAGAUAUAGAAGCGACGGUGGUUUGUUCGUGCGACAUUCACCACCACCACCAAGUUAAAUCUCCUGGUACACUUCAAUUAAGCCACUGGGAGAGAGUUUUGGUGAAGAUUAAGGAGGCGGAGGAAAAGACUAUGGGAGGUAUCUUACUUCCAUCCACGGCUCAAGGAGGUGAAGUCGUUGCUGUGGGUGAAAGAAGAACUAUUGGGAAGAACAAAAUCGUGAAGGUGGAUGCAUCAACAAUAGCUAUAAGUUGCUGGAGAGGGAAGAAUAGUUUCGGUAUAAUGGUCACUUCUGCUGAUUGCCAGGAGCUGCUGGAGAGACUUGCGGAGAGAACACCAAAAACCGAAGGUGGCUCUGUUAAUGGAAGCAAUGGCCGGGUGGUCUUGAAGCUAUGGAGACUGUGCGGUCUAAGGUUCAUGGAAGAUGUGCUUCUUGGUAAAAGAAGUGACCAUACGGUCAGAACAGUAGUUGUAGUCUUGUUGAUGACCCAUCCCUAUAAUGAUGUAAUCUAACAAUACUAAAAACACAAUAUUCUCAACAAAGAGGGAUGCCACGUCCUCAAAAAAAAAUCAGCCAAUGAGUAAGUUUGUUUUCACCA